AUGCGAACGCGUCCCACGUUUUACGUUGGUCAGCCAAGCCGUACCAUCGAUACGCUGCUUCUUCCGAUGAAGAACGCCCUUGCUCUCAAGCAUCUCGCAGAGAGCCUUGUGCUCCAGACGGUGGGCAUCGACAAGAGUCUGAAGAGCAUUCAUCUCAUCCCGAGACCGAUCAACAAUCCCACGAGCUACCCUUAG